CAGACCUCCAAGCAGCAGCAGUCCACCGUCUACUCUCCUCUACACGGAAGACAACACCUGCCCAUAACGUAUUUAACUAGAUAACUACAAUAUUAUCAGGAUGCCUCACCAGUACCCAGCCCUGACCACAGAACAGAAGAAGGAGCUGCAGGAGAUAGCAGAGAGGAUCACGGCUCCAGGGAAAGGAAUCCUGGCUGCAGAUGAGUCCACCGGCAGCAUGGGUAAGCGUCUCAACCCCAUCGGGGUAGAGAACACAGAGGAGAACCGUCGUCUGUAUCGCCAGCUGCUGUUCACGGCCGAUGAGAGAAUGGAUGCUUGUAUUGGGGGCGUGAUCUUCUUCCACGAGUCUCUCUACCAGAACACUGAUGACGGGACCAACUUCUCCCAGCUCAUCAAGGACAGGGGGAUUGUAGUGGGCAUCAAGGUGGAUAAAGGUGUUGUCCCCCUGGCCGGAACCGAUGGAGAGACCACAACCCAGGGUCUGGACGGCCUGGCAGAGCGUUGUGCUCAGUAUAAGAAGGAUGGAGCAGACUUCGCUAAGUGGCGUAGCGUCCUGAAGAUCAGCGACAACACCCCCUCAGAACUCGCCAUCAUGGAGAACGCCAACGUACUGGCACGCUACGCCAGCAUCUGUCAACAGAACGGCAUCGUUCCCAUCGUGGAGCCUGAGAUCCUUCCUGACGGAGACCACGACCUGAAACGUUGUCAGUACAUCACUGAGAAGGUUCUGUCUGCGGUGUACAAGGCCCUAUCAGACCACCACGUCUAUCUGGAGGGGACCCUGCUGAAGCCCAACAUGGUGACUCCCGGACACUCCUGCCCCCAAAAAUACACUAAUGAGGAGAUCGCCAUGGCUACGGUCACUGCCCUCCGCCGCACCGUACCCCCUGCCGUCACAGGUGUGACGUUCCUGUCAGGGGGCCAGUCAGAGGAGGAGGCCAGUAUUAACCUGAAUGCUAUCAACACCUGUCCUCUGGGUAAACCCUGGGCCUUGACCUUCUCCUAUGGUCGUGCCCUGCAGGCCUCAGCCCUCAACGCCUGGAGAGGAGAGAGAGACAACGAGAAGGCUGCUGCAGAAGAGUUCCUUAAACGGGCUGAGGUGAAUGGUCUGGCUGCUCAGGGAAAGUAUGAGUCAACAGGAGACAGCGGAGCGGCGGGACAGUCUCUCUACGUGGCCAAUCACGCGUACUGAACACCCCAGGCCACGCCAACAUCACAACCCACCGCUGCAGCCCCACCCCUCACCCACCAACCACAGACCUGCGUUGUCUACCGUAUUUUAGAAACACCAUCGUUGUCAUGGCAACAUAACGAUGUGGUUAAUAUGAGUAUUAAUUAGUAUGGGGAGUUGAUGCUGAAGGGAGAGAGGGCGGUAUCAUGAAGAAGCUUUAUUAAGUCCCAAAUUGAAUCCUAUUCCCUAUACAGACCUGGUCUAAAGUAGUGCACUAUAUAGGGAAUAGGGUUCCAUAGGGCUCUGGUCAAUAGUAGUGACCAACCAGAGAGAAGAUAACAUCAGAUAGGGACCAAUCAGAUACUAGAUUACAUCAGACAGACACCAGGGUGUGAAGUGUUGAGUUCCAGUUAGGAAUGAGUAAGAAGAGAGGGAUGAGAGAGGAGGGAGAAAGAGGAGAGAGAUAGUAAGAGGAGAGAGA